UCAGGCUGAACACACCGAGGAACCCGGUGUUGAUGCGGGAGAUGUACCCAAUGUAGUUGCAGAGAGUAAAGUGGAUGACUCAGUACUUGAGGGCACCCUAGGGGAUCCCCCUUCACCAUUUGCAGUAGUUAAGAAUGUAAGCUAACUAUAUUUUUAAAUAAAAUAGUGUAGGCUUGUUUAAAUUUAUAAUCUUCUAUUAUGCAGGUGUUACAGGAGUUGGCAACGAUAGCCUCCAUGGAUGUGGAUGCAGCUAAUGUAAAAGAGGUAAAAAUCUCGUGUUUGGUUUAAAAUUAUACACAGUUAUUAACAUACGUACAUAGGAUUGUAUGCGUACAUUUAAAUAAUUCUGCACGUUAAUUUGAAAAGGGAGUGUUGCAGCAGCAGGGGAUUGUCGACGGGGUGGAAGAACAAGAGGAUUCAAACCCAGGGUUAGAUGAAGCAGACACGACAGUUGGUACACUGGAAAAUAUUGAUGAACCAAACAACGAUGCUGCAGUCGAAGCAAUAGCAGUUAAAAUUCCUACGCCGGUUGUACCCAAAAAAGUGAAGAAGCAAAUAAUUGUUGAGAUGGAUGAAGCCCUUCCGGAAGGUUUUAAGGAAACAACAGUCCUCGUGGAGGAUGUUCCUGGACGAGCUGAAGAUUCAGAGGUGGUUAUAGCGGCUGGAAAUGUCCCUUACAACCCCUUGGAGAAGGUUGAUGCUUCCAAAUUAGAGCUCUUAACCAAUGUCCUCCGCGGUCCGAAUGUGAAGCACACUCUUUUCGGGUAUCGCAAAGUGGACAACGAGUUUUUCUCCAUGCUUAUAGCACAAGGACAGUGGGUGGAUAAUAUGGUCUUGGAAAUGCUCGCAAUCUUGAUGUGGCACAAGAACGGUCAACAAAUGAUAGCAAACCGAUGCGUUGUUUUGGACUCCUUCCUGCUUUAUGAGCUUACUAAGCGUGCUGUCAGCUUCAGGAAUUGUAUAAAUAAGCUUGGGUUCAAAUGGGGCGACCGGCUAUACGACAUGGCCAAUGGAAUACACAUACACCAUGAACCUAGUCUUAGGUGGUUCAAGGAUGUCGACGUGGUAUAUGCUCUGAUGAACUGGAAAGGUGAUCAUUGGGUUGGGUUGGCAAUCCACCUCAGAGCCCGGAAUAUAGUUGUCUAUGACGCUCUCAUAGAACACACGCGGGAGUCUGUUGCAUGGUCAAAGAUGCAGCCUGUCUGCGAGAUGAUGCCGUACCUAGUGAGAGCGAUGUGCGCGGAUGUAUUGCCUGCGAAGUACUCAGUUGAACCUUUUGCCUAUGAGAGAAAUGUUAUGGUCGCUCAAAACCCAAGUACAGGAGAUUGCGGGCCUUACGCAAUGAAGUUCUUGGAGUUGCUGGCGUUUGGUAACCCAAUGUCAGACUUGGUGAAUAUUCAAGAAGCAGAUAUGGCCACCUACCGUCAGGUGUACGCAACAGAAAUCUACGAGCACGGCAAGCGCGAGUGUGGUAAUCGGCGUUUAUUGUAAUCAUCCCUGGAUGUUGAAUUAUUUUUAUUUCCUAGUACUUAUUUCCUUAUUUCAACAACCUAAUUAGAACAACGUAAUUAAUUAUGGAGAUCCUCAAAAUAUUUAUGUAAUCGUUAUAACUAUCUUCUCUAAACAAUCUGCACAUCGUACACUUAUUCAAAAACCAA